UCUUCGCUUCAUCUCUCUCCCUCUGCCCUCGGUCAAUCUUCCUGCCGCUCCCGAGCACAAUACGAGGCGGAGACGAGAAGCUUGGCCGCCCCCGGGCCCUGCUUUGCUUCCCUUCCAUUCCUUGCUCCACGUCGCUGCCCCUGUUUCGGGUAGAGAAGAGGUUUUCUGUGGUAAGGAUGAGGUCCCGUUCUAAGAAGUCAUUUGGAUGACACCUGUGGCUAUCUUGACACAUUUCCUUUUGCUGUUAGCAUUUUGAGGUCAUCUUGCUGUUGGCAUUUUUAAAAAAUCUACUUCUACCAGUCUCAGUUUUGUGGGUAGAAUUUAAGUGUGAUGGAAAACUUUCGACGCAUAGCUGAUGAGUCAUUUCCAAGCUCCAUAACUAAUUCACUGACCAGUAACAACAGUGGGAUUUUUGAAAAUGUCAGCAUUUCUUCAAGUCUUGGCCUACCUGUUGCUGUUUCAACAGUUGCUAGGAAUAGGUAUUGCUCUAAUGAUAGGCCAGAUGUCAGUAGACUUGCUGGAAAUCAACGCAUGUCAGAUAUUUUCAUGAAAGAACUGUCUUACCAGCAAGAGAAUAUUGACAGAUUGCCAACUGAGAGUUUCAGAGCUACACAUUCCAUUCAGGGCAAAGAUGUUUUUGGAAGGAUUUCACCACUGGAUCAGGUGAAAGAUUUAUCCACUGAUGUGUGUUUCCUCCCACCUUUGAGAAGCAGAGAAAACAAGAUUGAUCUCCGAAAACCACUAUUUGAAGAAGAAAGAAGCCUUUUAGAAAAUGAGAAGUUAUUAUCAUUUAGAAGCUUGGAAGACUCUUCUGAUGAAGACAUUGAUGAUGAAGAGUUUUAUGAUGAUCAUUUGGAAGCAUAUUUUCAACAGUUAGCAUCCCCAGAAAUACUAAGAGAAGAUCAAGAGGAACAGGGGCUUCCAGAAUCUAGCCCAACUUUUAGGCUAUCAAAUGAUCAUCCCAGCCAGGUAAAUGAAAAUAAUAGACCAAGUUAUAGACCCAAAUCAGAAGAUAGCAUCUCUGUAUGUUCUCUUGGAACACAAAUUGUUAUGAAAUCUGAACUUAACUCCAGACAGUGUGAAGAGAGCCCUUUUGAUCCAGUUGUCUCUGAGAAUGAAGGCUGUAUUGAAGAGGGUAAAAGAAAUACAGAUGAUGUGCCAUUGUUUUCUUCUAAUACAUGGGGAAUUGAAAAAAACGGACCAAGGGAAGAAAAUGAUACUUCAGUAUAUAAUCCUUCAGUGGAUAAUGUUCCGUAUUGUGAGGACACAGAUAUUAAUCAAGGUAAUUUUGAUCUUCACCCCUUAAAAUUGGGGGUACAGUCUGCUCAUCAAAAUAAUAUAACUCCUAAAAUAUUCAUUGAAAAAAAUGUGGAUACACAUUCUGUGGAACUUCUUGAUAAUGGAUUUAGUCCAGCUCAUGCUUACUGGUCACCUACUAAUGAAAGGAGAAUUUGUGGGAAUUGGAACUCCGGUGAAAAGAAUAAUAAAGAAGGUGCUCUACCACACAGUGUGGUCUAUCAAAAUGAGGAAGGUAAAUGGGUGACUGAUCUUGCCUAUUAUACUUCUUUUGAUGAAGAACAAGAUUUAAAUCUUUGUAGAGAUAAUGAAGUAAAUGAAGAAUUCAGAACUGGAUCUGAAGCAAUGGCUUUGAUUGCUCAAGAUGAAGAAGAAUUCGAAAAAGAACACAGAUUUAUGCAGGAAGAGAAAAUAGAUCUUCAGAACACUUCAGGUGCCCCAGGGGAUACAUCAUGGAGUGCAUCUGUUAAUUAUAAUCUGUUGAGGAGAUCACACACCACAUCAGAUAUGACUGGUGAUGAUGCCAGUUAUUUGCGACUCUCUUUGGGGGAGUUCUUUGGUCAGAGAUCUGAAGCACUUGGCUGCCUUGAAGGGGGUAUUAAUGUGAAAAGGCCAUCGUUUGGUUACUUUAUUACAUCUCCAGAAAAAAGAGAACCUGUAGCUCUAUUGAGGGAAUCUGAUGUAUCAACAGACAAUUUAGAGCAAGAUCAAGAGCAGCAUGUUCUCUUUUCAGAAGACGUAGAAGAAAAAUCCAGGGAGCCAUUAUGUGAUGGAUCAGCUACAUUUAACAUGAACGAUUUGGAGAUUACUUCACAAAUAGAUGAAAAUGAUAAGAUUUUUAAAGGAAGAACUGAGGACACUUUGGUCAACAAAAGCAACAGUGAAAGAUAUGAGGACAAGAUUUCUGAUUGUAGUGACACUAUACUCCAUAUAAGUACCAUUGCUUCGGCUAUUGAUAAUGCUUCAGUGAGUGCUGAUCCUUCCCAGUUAGCUGCUAUGAUGAUGGCACUUUCAAAUAAAAGCAAACAACAGAUUUUUCUAGAAGCUAGUAAUAAAGAGAGGGACUUUUCUUUUGUGAAUCAAAUGUUACCUAGUCAUUUCGAAAGUAAUGGAACCAAUACAUUUGAUAUGGAGAAAUACCUCAAAAAAACAGAAGUUAGUAGAUAUGAAGGCAGUUCUGAUAAGUUUUUGAGAACUGGGUUAUCUGGUACCUGGGAUUUAUCCUUAGCCAAUAAACAAACUACACAAGAUUUUCUUGAAGUAGAUUUACACACUGACAGUGUAAAUGUAAGGGAACCAGAAGAAAACCUAGAUGUUAUUUUUAAUAAAGAAACAGAAAUAGUGAGUCAGGAGUCAUUUGGUGCAUCUCAUUUAAGUAAAAAUAUUGAAAAACACUGGGGUAACAAACAGUGUGUAGAAAAUACUCCUGAUAAAAUAAUCACUAAACAUUUAUCACCCAAACAAAUCUUGGGAUUUGGUAGAAGUAAUAUAAGAGAAUCUUUAGUGGAUGAUACUACAGAAAAUGAAAGGUCACUCAAAACUAAAUCUUCCUCAUUAAAGCAGAUUGCAAGCAAAACCACGAGCCCUCUAAAUUCACUCCUUGCUAAUGCGGGUAGAGAGACAGUUGAUAAGAUGUUUGCUAGUAAUGACAAAAUACCAGAUGUUGGUAGAGGUGAAAAACCUACAUUGAUCAGCACCCCAAAGCCUAGUAGUUAUUUGCCGGUGAGAAAUUCUACCACGACAUUCAGCUGGACAUCUGUAGAAUGUAACGAGAUACAUGAUAGAGAAACCCAAAGGCAAAAUGAGAACAAUUGUGAGCCACACAGCAGUGACAAACAUACGACCUUUGAAAAAUCUUCUGAAUUUUGCCUCCAAAAUAUUGGAACAAACCAUUGUUUAACGAAUUUGAAAAACACCUCUCCUGAACGAGAUGCACAGUGUUUAGAAGAUGAACAGUUUAGCUUUAGACCUUCAACUUCACCACUGAUUCAUUCUUCUCCUAGUGAAGUUUCUGAAACACCUAUUUCAGGACCUGAAUCAAAUUUUCUUAGCUCAUCAAUUCAUCUUCAGAGACCUUGUGAUAGUACAUUACCCCAGUCUGUAUGUUCAAGUCCUACUAUGGCUAGGUUAACUUACGUCUCUGUUCAUGAGAGCUCCUUUCCUUCUACAGCAGUUGGUGAUACUUCUGAGAAAAGUCAGAGUGAUGUUCCCAGUGAACUGAGUACAACAAUUGUUCGAGCCAGUCCAACUCCUUUGGAAGAGCAGAGUGUGGAAAAUGUCAAAGAGAAGAUGCCAUUACAAAGCAGUGAUAAAGUCUCAAGUGUUAAUUCAAGCAGCUUGGAUAAGAACAUAGAAACAUAUCAGUCUACUCCUGGUGGCAAAAUUGAAGAUGCACUAUCAAACUCUAAAGUUUCUGAACACUUUUCCCUUAGAAGUGCCCCGCCAUUCCCUCAUGAAUUGGGCCAAGUAAUUGGGCCUUUGCCAAGCAAAUCAUGUCUCUCCCAUCCACCUUUGUCAACUAAUAUAGAUAAACCUGUGUCUUGCCAGGACUGUGUGACCCAAAGUCAAGAAUUAAGCUCUACAAAUGUAUUACCACCAUACACCGGUUUAAGCAGCCACAUUCCAUUACCUCAGAAUACUUCAGGUGACCAAUAUGUGCCAGUUUCCAGCUUUAAUUCUCAGGGACUUGCUUCUGAAAUGCAGGCUUUGUCUGGUGCGGUUCCCACACUCCUUAAUAGGAAUUCUCUUACAACAACAUCAUUUAAUGCACAGCAGUAUUUGGGACCUGUAUCAACAGGAAACGUUGCUUUGCCUCAGUAUCAUAUUGGCAGCUCUACAGUUUGUGGUCAUUCAGGAGGAUAUCCUUGUACUGCCAUUGCGGGAGAACACAUUCAGAAUUCUGUUGCAGUGGGAAUGUGUUUAGGACGAAAUGUUGGUCCUGGAUUAUUGGGUCCUAGCUCCCUUUGUAAUGCUCAUUCUAAUACGUUAAAUCAGAAUCUUAUAAGUACUGCAAAACCAUUUUCUGGGCCACCCGUUGGAACUUAUGGAAUUGAACUCUGGGAAUCACGAAUUGCCUCAGGGUUUGGGAAUGUCAGAGUGCCUGAAGAGUUGAAGUUUCCUCAUGCAUGUUGUGUGGGCAUUGCUUCUCAAACCAAUCUUAGUAUUUUUAAUCCAACUGACCGUUGGUUGCAGGUCACCAUUGGAAUACUUAGCAUUACUGUUGAUGGUGAAAAGGUGGAUCUCUCAACAUGCCGUUGUUUGGUUUUCAAGAAUAAAACUGUAAUAGGACCACAUACUACAGAAGAGAUAAAAGUGCUUUUCAUGCCAACUCACCCUGGGAUUUUCAGAUGUGUGUUAAGAGUUUCUUCCUGGCCUGUUUCAUCAGAUCCAGAUACAAUAGCCCAAGCAGAAGCUUUAGCAAGUAGAAUUGUUUUAACAGCUAUUGCUGAAAAUCCUAUUGUGGAGGUGGAACCAGUCAAGACAGACUUCCUUGAUUUUGGAGAUCUAACUUAUGGAAGUUGGAAAGUUCUCCCAUUAAAGUUGAUAAACAAGACUCAUGCUGUUAUUCCAAUUAGGCUCAUCAUCAAUGCAAAUGCUAUAGCUUGGCGUUGCUUUACAUUUUCUAAAGAACCAGUUAAUACUUCUUUAGAAACUGCUCUUCAGAGUGAUGUAAUUACUCAGCUCACAGCUCCUUCUGUUAUAAACCAUGUGAUGUAUGCCAGUCGUGAUGGACAUGAUCCAGAAUUUCUGAAGAUUUGGGUUAUGUUCCAUGGUCCAAAAAAACAGAUUUCUGCUUCAGGGAAUCUGGGCCCAGCAGAAGAAUUUUUGGCAAGAAUUGAUGUGGAGGUUGAUAGCCCAAGCCCUACUACUGUUAUUAAAAGUGUUGCUCUUCGAGCAAGAGUAGGAAUAGCUAGGAUACAUGCUCCAAAAGACUUGCAGAGUAUGCUUUUGUUUGCCAGUGUGGGUUCAUCAACAAAGCAAUUUUUGCCUUUGAAAAAUGCUGGAAAUAUUGAUGUCUACUUGAAUAUUAAGAUUUCAGAUCAAUUCAGUUACUUUUCUGUGAACCCAGAAAAUCUCUUUCUUAAACCUGAAGAGGAACAAGAAAUUACAGUUUCAUUUACUCCGAAGGAUUUCAAAAUUUAUGAAGAAAGCCUCUUGAAAAUACUAGUGCAGCCAUCCGGGCCUCAAUAUGAAGUAGUGUUGAAAGGUGAAGUAGAUUCUUCAGGAAACAAGUAUCAGACACCUGCACCUUCAUCUCACUACUCAGAUGUUCCACCUAUUUUAUCCAACAAGCAAUUCAUGACAUGGGGAGGUAUUGCAGUUGGAAGAACACAUCUUCAGAAACUGGCACUCAGAAAUAACUCUUCAUCUACAACUCAGCGUUUACGUCUACUGAUAAGAGGACAGGAUCAGGAUUGUUUUCAGCUUCAAAAUACUUUUGGUUUAGAAGAACGACUAACAAGUAACUGUGAAAUCAGAAUUCGUCCGAAAGAGGACAUUAACAUCUUCUUAUUGUUUGCACCAACCCGAAUAUCUUGUAUGCUGGCUAAACUUGAAAUUAAACAACUAGGAAUUCGAUCACAACCAGGCAUUAAAUUCAGUAUACCAUUGUCUGGAUAUGGAGGAACAAGUAAUCUUAUUUUGGAAGAUGUUAAAAAACUCUCAGAUAGUUACAUGGUAACAAUAAAUGGCCCAGUACCUGGAAAAGAAAGUAGAAUUGUUUUCUCUGUGAGAAAUACAGGUUCUCGAGCAGCCUACGUUAAAGCAGUAUGUUUUAAGGACUCUCAAGCAAAAGUUGUUUUGGAUCCUCAAGUGCUGAGAAUUUUGCCAGAUAAAUUUGUGCUCAGGGAAAGAGCACAAGAGAUGAUCACUUUAAUAUAUAAUGCAAGUGAAAAGGAGAAAAAUUGUCAAACUACAACAUCAUUAUUGUCAACGAUAUACUUUUUUAGUGGAGAUGAAAUAUCAAGACAGCAAUAUCGAAGAGCUCUGUUACAUAAGCCAGAAGUGAUAGAACAAAUACUUCCAGAACAUAGCUUGUUGAAGAACAUUUGUUUUGAUGAAGCAUUUCAACAUGAGCAGCUAAUAAAUGAAGUGUGUGAUCUUCCUGAACGACCAAAUGAUGUCCAGUUCUUUUAUGGAAACAUGCGUAAAAUUAUUCUUUCUGUAAUUGGUGACUUUACUGAUCCAAUUUCUAAUCUUGGUUCUCUUCAGAAUUGUUUACAACACAACUUAGCUUCUGACAGUGAAUCUAGAAAUUCUGAGAGACAUAUCAACAAUGUUUCUUUGGAUGUUCUUCCAGUGAAAGGACCUCAAGGUUCACCCCUUCCUUCACAAGCUUCUGCUGAACCAUGUCAAAAUACAUUAAUUUCUCAACAAACAUGGACUGUUCAACCAGAACACUUAAUUCUGAAAGCUCCUUCUGUUUGUGCCAUGACAAAAACUGGACAGUUACAUAUUUUAAAUAAUUCUGUUAGGUCGCUGAAAUUUGAACUCUCUUGGCCAGCUCAUUGUCUUACAGUAACACCACAGCAUGGCAUUAUUGACCCAGAGAGUCGACUACUAAUUCUUGUAAGCCCCAAUUCGUCACUUGCCACAAAAUCCUCAGCAUUUCCAUGGAGUGGUCUUAUCUAUAUACAUUGUGACAAUGGACAAAAGGUUGUAAAGGUACAAAUUCGAGAAGACAUUAUUAAGGAAGUUCCUUCAACUAGCUUGGCUUCUAAACAAAUUUUAACAUCUGAGUCUCCAGUGAGUCAUAUGCUAAAACUAUUUACAAAACCACCCUCAACAAAAGUUGAAAUAAAAACUAAAACCAUCACUUUUCCUGAAACAGAACCCGGUGAAACCUCAGAAAAUUAUCUAGAACUUGAAAAUCAUGGUGAUGAAGAAGUAAAGUGGAAUUUAUCAUCUUUUGCUCCACCUUAUGUCAAGGAUGUUGAUGAGAGCGGAGAUGUCUUUAGAGCUACUUACACAGCUUUCAGAUGUUCCCGCAUUUCUGGUACAUUAGAAGGUCAUGGAAAACAAAAAGUUGCCAUCACUUUUUUACCAAGAGACAGAGGGAAUUAUGCUCAGUUUUGGGAUGUUGAGUGUUAUCCCAGUGCAGCACCUCACAUGAAACAUACGCUGAGAUUUCAGCUAUCUGGACUAAGUAUUAGUUCAGAAAAUGGAUCUGAAAGAAUUCCCACAGAUGCUCUUGUAAAAACAGAUAAUCUAGCUAGGUCCAGAAGGCGAACUGGCUCUGAGGUUUCUGUCCCUAUGUCUCGGCAAGUUGAUUUGGCUCAGCGAGGUGUUAAUGCCCCACAAGAUGUAUACGUAUUUCUUCCAGCUAGAGUCGGAGAAACAAGAACUAUAAAAGUCAAUUUACGGAAUAAUUCUUUCUCUACUCACUUGCUGAAGUUUUUAAGUCCCAGAGAGCCUUUCUACGUCAAGCAUUCAAAAUAUUCUUUGAGAGCUCAGCAUUAUAUCAACAUGCCAGUCCAAUUCAAACCAAAGUCAGCAGGAAAAUUCGAAGGCCUCUUAGUGGUUCAGACAGACGAAGGCAAAAGUGUUGGUAUUCGACUGGUUGGUGAAGCUCUUGAAAAACUUUAACUGGAAAGCAGUUUGUGUAAAAUAAAUUAUUAUAAUAGCUUCCUCUUUUUUCUAUGCCAAAAUAAUGCUUUUGUAAAUGUUUUGUAUUAUAAAUUGAGCUAUGUUUAACAGUUUUGUUUUUGUGCUAAUAUUGAAGACUACUAAAAGAUCAUGUUUCUCUUAUAUCAUUGCACAUAUUUUUACAAAGGAGGAAAAUGUUCUAUUUUUACAU